UUCCGAGAGAUUCGACAACACUACACCGGAAUUGACGGAAAUCCACCCAAUAAAUCGCCUCUAGCUCUGAGCAGAUACUUCCGCUACAAAGUAGCCUCCCCACACUCUUCCGUUUCCUGUCGGCCUGUUGCCUUGGAAACAAACAUGAACUGUAAUCCUGGGCUACAAUGGCGGGGCUGAGCGGCUCGCACAUCCCCGACGGGGAGUACACGGCCGUCAUCUACCGGCUCAUCCGCGACUCCCGCCACGCAGACGCCGUGCAGCUGCUGGGCGGAGAGCUGCAGCGCAGCCAGAGGAGCCGCGCGGGCCUCUCGCUGCUGGCCUACUGCUACUACCGCCUGCAGGAGUUCGUGCUGGCCGCCGAGUGCUACGAGCAGCUCAGCCUCCUGCACCCCGAGCUCGAGCAGUACCGCCUGUACCAGGCGCAGGCCCUCUACAAGGCCUGCCUCUACCCAGAGGCCACCCGGGUCGCCUUCCUCCUGGACAACCCCACCUACCACAGCCGCGUCCUCCGCCUGCAGGCGGCCAUCAAGUACAGCGAGGGCGACCUGCCAGGGGCCAGGAGCCUGGUGGAGCAGCUGCUGAGUGGGGAAGCUGGAGAGGAGAGCGGCGGUGAGAACGACCCCGACGGUCAGGUCAAUUUGGGUUGCUUGCUCUACAAGGAGGGACACUAUGAAGCUGCCUGUUCCAAGUUCUUUGGGGCCCUGCAGGCAUCGGGCUACCAGCCUGAUGUGUCCUACAACCUGGCUCUGGCCUAUUACAGCAGCAGACAGUAUGCCCCAGCAUUGAAACAUAUCGCAGACAUUAUUGAACGGGGCAUCCGCCAGCACCCAGAGCUGGGUGUGGGCAUGACCACGGAGGGCAUUGACGUCCGCAGCGUUGGCAACACCUUUGUCCUCCACCAGACUGCGCUGGUGGAAGCCUUCAACCUCAAGGCAGCCAUAGAGUACCAGCUGAGAAACCACGAGGCAGCCCAGGAAGCCCUCACUGACAUGCCGCCCAGGGCAGAGGAAGAGCUGGACCCUGUGACCCUGCACAACCAGGCCCUGAUGAACAUGGAUGCCAGGCCUACUGAGGGCUUUGAAAAACUACAGUUUCUGCUCCAGCAAAACCCCUUUCCCCCAGAGACCUUUGGCAACCUGCUGCUGCUCUACUGUAAGUAUGAGUAUUUUGACUUGGCGGCAGAUGUCCUGGCAGAAAAUGCCCAUUUGACUUACAAGUUCCUCACCCCCUAUCUCUAUGACUUCUUGGAUGCCAUGAUCACGUGCCAGACAGCUCCCGAAGAGGCUUUCGUUAAGCUGGAUGGGCUGGCGGGGAUGUUGACUGAGCAGCUCCGAAGACUCACCAAGCAAGUCCAGGAAGCCAGGCACACCAGGGACGAAGAAGCCGUCAUUAGGGCGGUGAAUGAAUAUGAUGAUGCCCUUGAGAAGUACAUUCCCGUGUUGAUGGCCCAGGCCAAAAUCUACUGGAACCUUGAAAAUUAUCCCAUGGUGGAGAAGAUCUUCCGCAAAUCUGUGGAAUUCUGUAAUGACCAUGACGUGUGGAAGCUGAAUGUGGCUCACGUCCUUUUCAUGCAGGAAAACAAAUACAAGGAAGCCAUCGGCUUCUAUGAGCCCAUUGUCAAGAAGAAUUAUGAUAACAUCCUGAGUGUCAGCGCCAUUGUGUUAGCCAACCUCUGUGUUUCCUACAUUAUGACUAGUCAGAACGAAGAAGCCGAGGAGCUGAUGAGGAAGAUUGAAAAGGAGGAAGAGCAGCUCUCCUAUGGAGACCCAGAUAAGAAAAUCUACCACCUGUGCAUUGUGAACUUGGUGAUAGGAACGCUUUACUGUGCCAAAGGAAAUUAUGACUUUGGCAUUUCUCGAGUUAUCAAAAGCUUGGAACCUUACCAUAAAAAGCUAGGGACUGAUACCUGGUAUUAUGCCAAAAGAUGCUUCCUAUCGUUACUAGAAAACAUGUCAAAACAUACGAUCAUGCUGCGUGACAGUGUUGUUCAAGAGUGCGUGCAGUUUCUGGAGCACUGUGAAGUCUUUGGCAGGAACAUACCCGCGGUGAUAGAACAGCCCCUGGAGGAGGAGAGACUGCACAUGGGGAAGAACACGGUCACGUAUGAGUCCAGGCAGUUAAGAGCACUGAUUUAUGAGAUUAUGGGAUGGAAUAUGUAGAUGUGGCUGAGAAUGAGUUUUAUCAUGAUGGCUCUGUUUUGUAAAUUUGCUCUGUUUUACUAACCUAUUUAGGCUUUGCUAUUUAUAUUUGUUACACGUUGGACUUUGUACACUUGAUCAUUACAACAAAAUUAGAUAAGACAUUCAUUUCUUUUUAAUACCCCCCAACAUGAGAUACUGUAGAACUCUGGCAUCCGGAAGUAUAAAAAGUUCAGAAGAGAGGAUGUUUUGUCUAUCCGAAAUUUUAAUGAUUAUGGUUUUUCUUUUUUUAAAAUAAUUUGUAUCUUGAGCAGGCCUUGCACAGGAAUUGCCUUCUCCAGGGACCAGGCACUGAGUCCAGAACUUAGUAGUAAUGUAUAGGACUUCUAGCCUUUUAAUAAUCAUGUCAGCAAUUGUAUUUUCUGUUCUCAUACUCCCUUAGUUUCAUAUAUCAUUAGGGUAUUUUGGCAAUGUUUUCCAAUAUAGAGAUAAGCUUUGGCCAAACAAAAUUCUCCGGGUUAUUAACAGUUUUACUAGUAUGCAAGAUUCAGUGGGAAAUCUUGUUUAUUUAACUAUGGUGCUGCUGUGUAGACAAUAAACAGUGAUGAAGAACAGUGGUAACUGAAGACUUAGUUCUUAAUGGCUAUAUUUGUCUAUGCAAUUUAGGAUAUGCUGAGGUGUCCUUAUUUUAGUCCUUGAAUAAAGAAAAUGUACUUUGUCCCCAUCUCCCCACACACAUAUGCAAAACUUGUUUACUACAGCUAUCACUAGUGAAUGAAGAGGUCGAUUUUGAAAAUUUAUCUUACUGGUUUACUAUUUUCAGUCUACAACCUUGAAUAGUUUUCUGGAUUCCCUGCUCAUUGUGAUCAGGAAUCCCAUUUUCUGAACCCUGUAAGAGCUUUACUGUUUUCUUUCUUUUUCCCUCCUAUCUCUCCAUAAAUGCAACCCCAACUUGAUCUGGCUUUUAAAAAGUAUUUUUUGAAUUGUAUUGCUGAUUUUGAAUGUCUUCCCUACAAAAUUAGCCAUUUCUUAAGAGUUCAACCAAAUUUCUCCUACUGGAGGAUAAAAAGCACCUAAUGAGAUGACAACCCCUUCCCCCCAACACCUUGCCCCUUUAAGAAGAAACUUCAGUCACACACACAAAGAUAAGCUCAGCGCAGUUCCUUGAAUUCCUAAGUGCUCAAGUUCUAUUAAAUUAUAAAAUUUGUCUCACUUUAAGUCUAAUGGUUUUGAAUUUAAGGCAUAUCUUAAAUGAUCUGAGCUGCUGACAUUUACUAGUGAUGGUUCAAACUCAUAUUUUGAGGAGAAACAAUGUUAAGUGACCCCUUCAAUGCAUCCCAGAGCACAUUCCAUGUCUGAGAAAUAAAAUUUCUGUAUUCAAUGUGUUGCUGCAGUAGCUGUGUGUCUCAGUCUUUAUGGCCCUGUAGGAUUUGGGAACUUAUGAAUUAAAAUCUUAUUUUCAACAGCCA